AGUACAAUGCUGCAACACAACCAGUGGGACGAGCAUGCAAUCGUUAUAGACGGGCUGCGGGCAAGCUGUUACGGAGCGGGUCCCAUAUUCACUUGCGGGACAAAUGGGCAAAGGUAGAUAAACAGAUUAAGCAGGCUAUGUGGGAUGCCAUAAUGCAAGAAUUUUAUGUACCCGUAUCCGUCGACCAGCGCCUGGCACAGAAUGAAUUCUGGGGUGAUAUGGGCCGUAAGCACCGUUCGUGGAAGUCGAAGUUGAGGACCCAGCUAAAUAUUCGAGACGGUGACACACCAUUGACAAUACGUGCGAGAAUGCCAGAUACGUUUUUUGAUAAGUAUGACCAAACGGAUGUGGAGGACGUACUGCACGAGUGGUGCACAAAAAUAAAUGUGGAGAGGUCUGAACGAAUGAAGCGGCUGCGGGAGCAGAAUGACAUCCCCCAUAGUCUGGGGUCCAAAAGUUAUGCCAGAUUUAAUCACGAUGAGGCAUCUAUAUCUGGCACGCCCCCCACUCGCGCCGAGUCGUUUGUGAAGACGCACACAAGGAAAGACGGCACUUACCUGAACGAGCGGACACGGGACCUAUGCGAGCGGAUGACACAGAGUUUAUCCACUGAUCCUGUUGCCUCGGACCCCGUCUCAUCAGAUACAAAUUCUUCGAAGGGAGACAAGGUGAAAAGGCAUGGCCGCCAUAUGUACAAGCUACAACGUCAAACAGAUCGAGUAGGGUUUGACAAAUAA